AUGCACUGCCCCGACCUCAUCGCACAGGCUUCAGCUGCUAGCCCUGCUACAGAUGUUUCCUCAGACGCUCCAACCCUGGCUGAGGUACGCCGCGCUGUUAGAAAACCCAAGAACGGACGUGCUGCAGGACCUGAUGGUAUUCCCCCUGAACUGCUCAAGUGUGCAGCGGCCCCAAACAGCGCGGCCCUCCGUGAUCUCUUCCUCAGACCAUGUCCUGCUGUCUUGCUUGGAACCACUACUUACCCGUCACCGUCGCCCCCAUGCCAGCAGUCCGGCUUUGCAGGGCGCCAGUCAACUAUGGAUGCAAUGCUCGCCCUACGAAUUCUGUCGGACCUACACCGUGAGGUCAAGAUACCUCUCCAUGUUGCCUAUGUAGACAUCAAGGCAGCCUUCGACUCGGUAGAAUGGAAAGCUCUGUGGCGUACCCUGAAAGCUACCGGAGUCCCACCAUUCCUGCUUCACCUGAUCCAGGCCAUGCAUGAGGGUAUAGUACUUCCUCUGUGCAUGUCUGAGACGACAUCGCAACCCCCUUUCCCACCACCCCAGGCGUCCGUCAGGGCUGCAUUCUCGUCCCAUCUCUAUUCUGCUGUGCGAUCGACUGGAUAUUAA